AUGAACGUCUUCUUGUGGACGUCUCACUGUCGUCGAGCAAAUGGCUUGCGCCUUGCUUCGUCCUUGUUCCCGUCUCUACUUCGAUGCCCUCAGGUACCAAGAACAGUGAGGCUCAUUCGUAGCUUAACACAAGAAUACAGACACCUGUCAAGUGCAUCUUCUGCACUUCGUAACGCCGGCCGUGUUCCUCAAGUCCCAUACAGUUUUCGCGAACUUGGUAUUCGCGACGCCAUCACCAAGGCAAUUGAGAAGGCAUUUCCGGAUGUACAACGCCCGACGAUCGCUCAGGCUGAUUUUAUACCUGCCAUAUUGAACGGGAAGGACGUCCUUCUGCACGAUGAGACAGGGACGGGAAAAUCGUUCGGUUCCAUUGUAGCUUUGUUAAACAAGUCGCGUGUCAGAGCUUUACACGUUCGCAGCCGUCAGAAUGGAAUGGGGAUCACUUCACUUGUGAUUGUUCCGCAUAGAGAUUUGGGCUAUCAAAUGAUACAGUGGAUUGACACUAUUUUGAAACAUUCGGGGGAAAACCAGCCACCUUUGGACUCAAUGGCUCAGUUAGUUGCACGAGGUUAUUCUGUGUCGUUGGAGGAGCAAAUACACAAGCUAAGGACGAAUCCACCGCAUAUUCUUAUUGGGACGCCACAAGCUCUUUGGGAGAUCUACAACUCUGAUUCCGAUCAUCGACGGGUUUUACAGCUUGAGAGUGUUGUGACUGUUGUUUUGGAUGAAGUGGAUUAUUUGCUUGACAUCCCACCACCUUAUGUGCGAAAAUCGCGAGAAAGGUGGAAGAAUUUCAGGAAACAUCCUAGUCUUACGCGUCAGAUUUUGGAAGCGCUUUUGCCUGGACGCAAACCUGGUGCUGUCCCUCUGGCAGAAACUAAUUACGAUGAUGAUGGUGGAGACGGUGACGUCCGGAGGAAUAAGAACUUCAAGAAGGCGAGGAUGGAUGAUUCCUUAAGGUCUGGCCGACCGAUCCAGAUCGUUAUGUCUUCUGCGACGGUGCAUUCUACGCUCACGGAUUAUCUGUGUGAUGCGAACUGGCUUGGCAGGGAUCGGGUUAUACUUUCUGGCAAGCAGCUGUUGAAAGCGAAUGCACACAUGCUCCGCGGUGAGAAGGUACAAAAAGAUGGAAUUGUUCAUCAUGCCUUCAUGGUGUCUACGGAUGGGAGUUUGGCGAAUGUGGAUUUUGCGGUCCGGCCAGGUGAAGAACCGGAAUCCAAGGUCGAGGAUGAGCAUAAGGACGAGGAUUCAGAUGCUUCAGCGAGACAUAAAGAGAGAAUGAGAAAGAUCCAGGAUCAAGGCGUUCCUCCCCAGUCUCCCACGUCUCCCGUCGUUAUGGAAGCAGUAGCGUCUAUCUUUGCUCUAGAUGUCCCUCACCUGGCUCUUCUUGUUCUUCCACCCGGUUCAUCGGUACAGAAGGCUAUUUUAGAGCUACAAGAUUUAGGAAUUGACGCUCGAGCCCUUGACUUGCGAUCUUGGAAUAAAGACACAGUAGACCAGACAUCAGUUGAUCCUGUACUGUUAGUAGCAACGCCCGCAACUAUUCGUGGAGUGGACUUGCCGCAACUGACGCAUGUCUUCUGUGCUGGCGCUCCUGACACGACGAGUGCAGACGUGUUCAAACACGUUGCUGGUCGGGUAGGUCGCUUCGGCCGGGAAGGAAAGGUGAUGACCUUUGUGACCGAGCGCGAAGUGGAGCAUCGGGAGGGAGUUUUGCGGACUACGAAGCAUCCGGCUGGGCUACUGAAGGCAUUUUACCGCAACCUGCGCAUACAGCCAGUUUAUUUUGACCUUAGUGCGGUGGGUCUUGGGGAGUAGACAGUUUCAACAUUCAGUCCGAUGGUUGAUCUUGUUUAAGACGACUGUUGGUUGAGAUUAUAAUUGGAUUAGAAACGUUGUUCGGAAGCCAGUAUUAGGUGAACGUUUGACAGCGGAUGCACGGCGCAUAAUGCGGAGAUACUUUGUGCACGAGGAGGUAUUUCCAUGGGAUAAGGGGGUGUUGAAUCAACGAACGAAGGUCUCUUGACGACAGACAUGAGCAGUAGAAAUAGCCGGAGCAGAGGAUGGAAUAAA